GCGGGCGCGGGCGCCGGCGGCACCCUCCCGUCCGUCUGUCCUGGGAGCUUCGCCUGCGCGCCGACCCGCGGGGGGCCAGCAAGCUUUCCGGCCCGCAGCGGGGGCGGGGACGCCAGGCCAGCGGCCCCUCCGACCCCCACGAUGAGGAAGCUGAGGCUCAGGCAACAGUAAUACACCCACCUACACAGAACUAGGUAAUCGCGGUGCGCUAGCCAGGUGGUCGGCCCCAGGCCCAUGCCGUGAGACCGGGAGGCGCCGCCAGCAUGCCGUGGGACACGCGGCGGCCUGGGGGCGGCGCGAACGGCGGGCCCGAGGGCGCGGGCGCAGCGCGCUCGCGGGCGCAGAAGCAGUGUCGCAAGUCGUCGUUCGCUUUCUACCAGGCCGUUCGCGACCUGCUGCCCGUGUGGCUGCUGGAGGACAUGCGCGCUAGCGAGGCCUUCCACUGGGACGAGCGCGGGCGCGCCGCCGCCUACUCGCCGUCGGAGGCGCUGCUCUACGCCCUCGUGCACGACCACCAGGCGUAUGCGCACUACCUGCUGGCCACGUUCCCGCGGUGCGCGCUCGCGCCGCCCAGCGCCGGCUUCCGCUGCUGCGCGGCGCCCGGGCCGCACGUGGCGCUGGCCGUGCGCUACAACCGUGUGGGCAUCCUGCGCCGCAUUCUGCGCACCGUGCGCGACUUCCCGGCCGAGGAGCGCGCGCGCCUGCUCGACCGGCGAGGCUGUAGCCGCGUGGAGGGCGGCGGCACGUCGCUGCACGUGGCCUGCGAGCUGGCGCGCCCCGAGUGCCUCUUCCUGCUGCUCGGGCACGGCGCCUCGCCCGGCCUGCGCGACGGCGGCGGCCUCACGCCGCUCGAGCUGCUGCUGCGUCAGCUGGGCCGUGAUGCCGGGGCCGCCCCCGCUGUCGGGGCGCCAGCGCCCGGGGAGCCACGCCAGCGCCGCCUGCUGCUGCUUGACUUACUGGCGCUGUACACGCCGGCGGACGCAGCCGGCCCGGCCCGCCGCGAGCUGCUGGGCGACCGGCCGCGCUGGCAGCGGCUGCUGGGCGAGGACAAGUUCCAGUGGCUGGCGGGCCUGGCGCCACCCUCGCUCUUCGCGCGUGCCAUGCAGGUGCUGGUCACCGCCAUCUCGCCCGGCCGCUUCCCCGAGGCCCUGGACGAGCUGCCGCUGCCGCCCUUCCUACAGCCACUGGACCUCACGGGCAAGGGCUAGACCGCGGGGGCACCCCGUGUGCUGGAUUUUUGGAGAAUACUAUUUUUCAGAGCGUUGUACCCGGCACUUUACAUAUAUUGUUCUCUGGACAGCGGAAUCUCUGCUUUGUCUGUAGCGUGCUUUGGGGGCUGGGCCAGGACGGGCAGGCGGACCCGGAGCUGCAGGUCUUCUGGAUCCGGAGGUGCUCAGCUCCCCACCUCCCUGUGUGGAUGGAGCUGGGCUACGGGGUCAGACGACGCCUGAGAGCCGGGCCCUGCCCUCAGCUCACUACCCAGACCCUGAGGAGCGGCCUCCCAUCUUGAUUUAGAGCCUCUGGGAAGGUGUCCCAGAGGGAGAGACAGCUGAGCUGGGCAGGUGCAGGGGGGUGGACUGACGUGUCCAGGCAGGGGGACGGCGGGUGCAAAGGCCUGGAGGCCGAGGGAACCGCCCGUGGGCGCUGGGUGGAGGUUCUCUGCCCCGUCAGCAGGUGGGGCCUCGACCACUCCCCUGUGGGGCUGGGCCUCAGGUCCCGAGGUGUGGAGGGCAGGACCCAGGCUGUGCCUCCUGUUUGCCCCCGUCCCGUACUGGCCACCUGCCUCCUCCUCGGCUGUCACUGGGACCGCCCCCUCCCCAAAGAAGCCCAGGCCUGGACUUGUCGCAGUCGCCCCAUUGGCUCUCUCUGGCGACUAGCAGGUACCUAAUCCUGGGGCUCCUGACGGGGGUGGCUGCGUCAUCCCGUGGGUGGGCCCUCCAGCCUCAGCCAGUAGACCUGGUUUCUGCAGGAAGGCUUUGAAGAUGGAGACUGGUUGACCCUUCAGGACAGAGGGACCCUGGCUGAGAAGCUGGGUCCGUGCCCCGAGGAGCCGUGGGAUCAGGGAUGGCCAGGCUGUCCUGCCCGGGAAUUCUGCUGGGCCGUGAAAUUCAACCCGCGCCGGCAUGGGCUGGAGGGCCACGAUGUUCUGCCAGGAGCAGAGGGCUAACGAUCUGCCCGAUGAACAGUGACCGCCUGGCUGGGGGCACCCACUGCCCACCCUGCCCCCUGUGUCCCCGAGGGGGGCAUGCCUGGGGGCCGAAGGGGCUUUGGGUGGUGGUGGCAGAGUCCAGGGUGAUGGGCCGUCAGAGGGGGGCUGUGGAAGGGGCCUGGGCAGCGGGAAGCUCUGCCAGGGGGCCUGGUUCUGGUCUGCACCUGCCACCCACUCUGAGGGUGACCUUGGAGAAACCCCUGCCUUGGGCUUCAGUGUCCCCAACUGCUUACAAAGGGGCUUUGGAGCAUCUCCAAGCUCCCUACCUGCCCUGGCAAGGAUGUGACCCCCGU